AGAGCGAUGGGACAGCAACGGCGUUUCAUGUUGAAGUUGGCACUGUGCUUGCUCGCAGCCAGUGCACCGAUACAGGUGGUCAAUGCUGCCGAUAACCCUUGUGCAGCCGGUCCACCGGUUGAUACGAACCCGGCCGAAUGCUGUCCGACACCGAUGCUCAUGGAUGGUACCAUCAUGAUGGACUGCUACCAGAAGUAUGGCGAGCAGACGAAGAAACAGUUACAGAUGGAUGGCAUUCCACGUGGAUGUUGUAUUGCCGAGUGUGCCAUGAACGAGACCAACAUGUACGCGGACGGUAUGCUGAAGCGGGACGAUCUGUCGAAGAUGUUCAUGGACGCGGUGAAGGGUAAGCCGGAAUGGUUGUCACUGGUGCGGGAUGCCACCAACGCCUGCUUCGAGCUGGCGGAAAAGAAAAAGGACGAAAUAGAGGCCGGUGCCAAGCUGGAACCGAGCUUCGAGGGUGAAAAGAUCUGUCAUCCCAUCUCCGGUACCGUGCUGCGGUGCAUGGGCAUGAUGAUGUUUGCCCAGUGUCCGGCGUCCAUCUUCAACGUGAACGACAACUGCAACAAGCUGCGAGAGUACGGCAGCAUGUGCCCGAUGAUUUAUGAUUUCAAGAAUGGCCGUGAGAAGGUCGAAGACGAGAACCGUACGGUAAGACCAUCCACCUCGACCGACGUCGUCCAAAUCAAGGAUUUGGUGGUCAACAAUCGUCGGUUGACGAUACGAGACCUUUCGAAAGUGUUGGGAUUUCCGGCCGGCGGAAAGCGGCCGGAUUUGUGGGAAAACAACAUGAAGUUCCAAAUGUGCAGUAGUUGGAGAACGAUCCUAGUAGCCGUGUGCGUUGCCGCGGUUACACUCACCGGCAGCACAGCGUACGCGAAUAGCUGCCCAAUAUAUCUCACCAUUUUCGCCCUGGGGCGCUCCGUCGAGGAUUCGCCGCUGGUGAUCAACUGGGGUCCGGGAUGUGAAAAUCCACCGGAAUGGAUCGGACUGUACACGGAGAACCCGGCCCUGUCGAAUGCUUCGCCCGUCGCGAAGGUGUUCCCGAACGGGCAGCCCGGCGGACAGGUGGUUAGUGAGAUAAAGUUUGGACGGCGGAAGUUACCGGGCGGUUGGAGCCACGAGCAGGUACUGCAGCACAUACCGAAGCGAAAGAGCAAACCGAUCUGUUUCGAUCUGUACCUCACGAGCUACGAUGAUGCCGGCCAGCUGCAGUACUUCGACUGUCUCAAGAUCCAACCGACGUGGAUGUUCAGCGAACCGGGUCUCGGCAAUGUGUCGCUCCGGGAGCUGUUCCUGCCCGGGACACACUGUUCCGGUUGCUACCAGACGCGCACCAACGUGGGCAAUGCGUUCCUGAAGAAGAUUGGCUUCCGGCAGAGCGUGGACGUGUGGAGUCAGCUCGUGUUCGGUGUGCGGUAUCUGGACUUUUCCAUCGGAUAUUACCCGUCGCACAAUGGGACACGCAAUUUUUGGAUCAUGAACGAACACUUUCGCGUGGCAUCGCUCGGUCCAAUACUGCAGGACAUCCGAAGGUUUGUGAUCCUGUCCGAGGAGACCGUAUUUCUGGAUUUCCGAAGAUUCCCGCUCGGUUUCCACAACAAUCCCGAGCAGCACGCGGCACUGCUGGCGUUGCUCGAGCAGGAGCUCGGCGAUUUGCUGUACCGGCGGCCGGCGGUAUCAUCGGACGAGCUGGAGUCGACGGACGAUGCGGACGGCGAGUCGUACAAUCUCACGCUCGGGGAUAUGCGCCGAGAGGGAAAGUAUCUACUUAUCACCUACAAUCACGAGGCCAGCUUAAAUGACUCGGAAAUUAUAUGGAAACCGUGGAAAAAGCACUCGAGCGCCUUCCUCAAGCACACGGAACUGGGCGAGUUUAUGCAGAAUUUAUUCUCCCGGAAGCAUCCGGACGCACCGCAAAAUAUCGGAUGGAGUUUACACGGUGUCCAAGGUUUCCAGGGCAGUUACAACGAGGAGGAUGCCACUUAUCUAAUGCCAGCGGAACGUGCCAGUGUGGUGAAUCCCAGGCUGAUGCAGCUGCUGAGCGGCCCGUGGAGUCAGCGUGCGAAUGCCGUACUGGUGGAUUACUUCACCAACACGAAUCUGGUGGAGCUGGCGGUCAGUACGAACCGUUACAAAACGCUACGCAAUCCGUUCAACGAAGCGGUAGUGCUGGACAUCCAGUAAUGCUGUCACACAAUGACCAAAGGUUGAGUCUCUGCAGCAGGAACGUAUUUCCGUAUUUCCAACAGUCCAUGAUCAUAAACAGCAUUCAUCACAGCACACCGGAGUUUAAAGUAGGUGGAGCAUUCGAUUAGUUCAUACGAUUAUUAGUAUGGUUUCAUUUGUCGUUCCGUAACGUACUGAAUAAAUGUAAUAUUAAGAUGUAGCGCUUAACAUACAGACACAAAUACA